CUUCACGUGAGGGAGAAAGCGAUACGGAGGUACUGCACCUGGAGGGGCGGGUGGAAUCAUAGAUCUAUCUAUCUAUCUAUCUUGCUUCUACCACCAUCUUAGCAAUUUCUGAGUUCUCCCAUAAACUUAAAUUGUCAGAGUGCCAUGUUUCCCUGUCUCUGUGGUACUUCUUCCUUUUCCUUUCUUCUUCUGUGUAUUCGGUCUGCAGUUGCCAUGUAACAAUAAGUGGUAUCCAAGCAACUAUGCAGUCGAAGUAACCAGCGCAGUCCUGAGAAAGAGGAGCACAGGGCAGGCAAUUUUUAACCUCGGAGCCGAAUAGUUUAAUGAAAUUACAGCUACACCCUGUGGCAGAUUCAAGAAAGAGUAUUUAUUGUACAAAUGAAGUUUAGUGAGGCUCCAAGUCUGUGAGUUCAACAUGUAUGGAAGAGCUCCGAGAGUGACCUUCAUGACAGCAGGAGGUACAUCGUCUACUGUUGGUCCCGGAUCAUACAAUGUCAGCCAGUCCAGUUACAAGAUAUCAGAUGGCUAUGCGCCAUUCCUUUCCUUGACAGCCAGGGAAUCGAUAUUCUCUAAAGGCGGUGAAUAUUUACCUGGACCUGGACACUAUGACUCCUCACCUGUCAAGUUAAACGUCCAUGGUGGCAGCAGUCUUCAGAGCCGCUCCAAGCGUUUUGAGGCUGUAGUGUCAGAGGUUCCAGGCCCCGGGGCCUACAAUGUGUCGCAUGCCUCAAAAAAGGCACUCAGGGCUAUGACAGCUAAUGUAGGACACCCUGGAAGGCCUGGCAACAAAGUGGCUACAGGUCUCCGGCUAGCUCUUCAGUCAGACAUCCCAUCUAUUCCUUCCCCGGGCCAAGCCUAUGGCUAUGAGGUGGAUGCCCAGGGUGCCCUUCGUAAGCAACAGCCUCCUCCUAGGGACACAACCCUGGGGCCAGCCUACUACAAUCCGCUGCUGAUAGAGAUGACUUCUACUCAGAAGUAUAAAGGGAUCCACUUUGGCAACAUGUCAGGAAGGAGAGGUGAGGUGGAGGUGGAGGUGGGACCAGCUCCAGGACAAUAUGACCCUGAGCUAGUCCCAGAAACACAGUACGAGAAUGUGAACCUCCAAGAGGAACAGAGACGCAGAGCUGAGCUUGUCAUCCCUCGCUACCAUGAACUUGUGCCCAUGCAGGAGGAAAAGAAGGGAGUCCCUGGUCCAGGCCAGUACCACAUCAGAAGUCAAUUUGAGAAACCUGUCAAGCCUGGCAGCUUGCCGAAAUUCACUUGUUCCUUCCUCUCAAAGACUGAGAGGUUUGGCCCUGUGAAAGAAGUGUCGCCCCCUGUUGGUACUUAUAAUGACCCGCGCUGUGCCCUGGAACUGCUGAAGAGGACCUCAGGAAUAAAGAAAAGUCCAUUUGGCAUCACUGCAGCGCGCUUCGCUUUUAACCACAAAAAAGGCUCCACACCAGGUCCAGGUUCCUACAAUGUGUUUGAGGAUGGCUUAGCACGGGAAAGUUUUAAAAAGGCAUUUUUAUCACAAACCAAGAAGGGGGGCUUUGGCUCUUCUUCUCAGCGCAGCUCCAUUUUCUACAACAAGGAAUCAGUCGAGGCCCCAAGCCCAGCACAAUAUGAGACAGAAAAGAAGACAGAGGAGCGCUACAAACAGCAGCACACAGCGGUUUUCAAAUCAAUCACAGAGCGUCUGGCAUCACCACUAUUGGCUAAAGAUUCUCCUGCACCCAGCAGAUACAAUGUGAGUCAGACAUUUGAGAAGGUUAAUGGCCACUACUUAGAACCCCGAAAUGAAGAUGCUAAACGGCAUAGCUGCUUCCUGUCUGCUGCACCGAGGGAUAAUUUCUUCCUACACAGUGACUCUAGCAUUCCAGGCCCAGGGCAGUACAACCCAAGUGUAAACUCUUCUCCAAAGUUGGCCCUGAUGUCCUCCAGAGAAGAUCGAUUCAAAGUCUCCAAGAACAUCAUCCCAGGACCUGACACUUAUUGGUUGAGUCCAGGUAUUACGAACACACUACUGAAGGGCACCUUUAAUGUGACGCUCAACAACCCUCUGAGUCCCUGCUGCUCCCCCUGUGUGGCCAAUGGGCCUUUAACGGCCCACAAGACCAUUAAAGCGGUCACACCCAACACCUUUAUCGCCACCAGCAGUUCAUAGAGCUCUUUGUCGGUCAAAGUUUAGAGAUGAAAGGCAACACUUCAGAAGAAGAUGACUUUGCAUUGCUCACUGUCACAGAGUGAUAUACGUACUAUGAAAUUUACAUCUAAAGUUGACUUAUGUAUCAGUUCCCCCUGUAUUACCACUUUAUCGAUAACAUUGAUAAGGCAUUCAUAUGAAUAUUGCCUCAAAUCCUUUGUUAACUUGCUAUUCGUCCAUAGGGCAUGUUAUUGUCUUAAAGCAAACACCAAAAGAUCCAAUCUGACAUAAAUGAGACAAAGAUUAAAUAUGUUGUAAAAGCUUUGCUACUGUCUUUUUGCUUGUUUGACAGUAAAGCUAGAUGAAUGCUAGCACAGAUCACACGCCUGAUGGGGCGUACACACAGGAAGAGACAAAUGGCGAUGUGGCAACCAGAGGAAUGCCAAUAAAAUUUAGUGACUUGUGCAGAUGACAGUCAAUGUAACUGUUGGUGACCCUAAAGGGGUGGGUACUGAGUAAAACUAAUCUCGACUUUGAGGCGAGUGAUUGAAGCAAUCGAUGGGAGUGGAGGAUACUGCUGACUGAUAUAUGACAGUGUGGGAAAUACACAAGGGAGCUGCCUACUCAACCAAGAAGCUGGAAUGCCAAGUAGUAACCUACAG